CAAAGAGCCCUAAUCAUUGGGCUGUUGACUUUGAACAUGUCUCAUACCAAAAUCGAGUCGAGACUAUCUUAACCGGUUUAAAUUUCAGUUUUAUUAUUUUAUAUUUGCGGUUUUGUUUUUGGGCCUGUUUAAUCCGUGCCAACACACGGCAACCCUGUUUAUUUAUUACUGGAUAAAAUUGAUAUCGGAAAGCUCCAAUUGACAAAACACAGGUGCCGGCAAACAAGGAAUCCACAUAAACACACACAAAAAUCCAAGGACAGGAAAAGCUAAAUUGAUGAAGCAAGUAUUUCGGAAGGCUCAUCUCACCAUUAAUGGCGUCGUCGUCGCCGUUCAUGACGGCCGCUGCGUCGUCAUUUCGGUUACCGUCGCUCUCUCACCGCCAAUAUUGUACUCAUUCAUUAAUCUCAUCCAACAGUUCAAAAUCCGAACCGAAACUGUGUACGUUCACUUUGAGACGUUUCUCGCUCGAAACAUCUCGCUUCUCAUCGUCGGGAAACACACCUACACUCAAUCCAAGUGUAGUGGCUAGGUCUAAUUUGAGAUUCCCUCUGAUAUCGCCUAAUGACCAUUGGGGCAUAUGGACUGCUCUCUUCGCCACUGGUGCUUUUGGUCUAUGGUCAGAGAGAACCAAGAUUGGGGGGAUGAUCAGUGCUGCACUUGUGAGCAUCUUGUUGGGCCUUGCAGCCAGUAACAUGGGGAUUAUUCCUCACGAAGCACAUGCUUACUCUAUUGUGAUGGAAUUCAUUCUACCUUUGACAAUCCCAUUGAUGCUGUUCAGAGCUGAUAUGCGAAAUGUGAUAAAAUCAACCGGCAAGCUCCUCUUGGCCUUUUUGAUUGGAUCAGUUGCAACCACAUUUGGAACACUAGUAGCAUUCUGGAUUGUUCCUAUGCGAUCACUAGGUCAAGAUAGUUGGAAGAUUGCUUCUGCUCUCAUGGCCAGUUAUAUAGGAGGAGCUAUAAACUAUGUUGCGGUUUCAGAUGCACUUGGUGUUUCUCCAUCUGUUGUUGCUGCAGGUGUAGCUGCAGACAAUGUUAUAUGUGCGAUUUACUUCAUGGUGUUGUUUGCAUUAGGCUCUAAAAUUCCUUCAGAGGCUUUACCACCAACCGAAGAUCCGAGAAAUAAUUUGGAAGGCAAUGUGGCCACAAUACAAACAGCUACUGCACUUGCUGUUUCUUUUGCAAUCUGCAAAGUUUCAACACAUAUCAUUCAAGUUUUAAAAUUGCCAGGUGGCACGCUACCAGCAAUUACUGCAACCGUUGUGAUUUUGGCAACUUUACUUCCAAGACAAAUUGGUUACCUGGCACCUGCUGGUGAUGUUGUUGCUGCAAUUUCGAUUCAGGUAUUUUUUGCUGUAUUGGGUGCGAGUGGGAGCAUAUGGAAUGUUAUCAUGGUUGCUCCAAGUGUGUUUGUGUUUGCCUUUAUUCAAAUCACAGUGCAUCUUCUUGUGAUUCUUGGACUGGGGAAGUUACUCAGAUUAGACCUAAAGUUACUACUUUUAGCAUCAAAUGCUAACAUUGGAGGUCCUACAACAGCAUCUGGGAUGGCAACAGCCAAAGGUUGGGGCUCUUUGGUAAUUCCUGGAAUUCUUGUGGGUAUAUUUGGAAUUUCAACCGCAACAUACCUUGCGUAUUUCUUUGGAACUUUUGUUCUCAAAAGCAUGUCAGGGUUUAUGUAAUAUUUUUGGCUAACAGCUGUCUGCGAUUUCUUGUUGCCAAACUUCUAAUUAUGCUCUCGAUAGGUGACUAAGCAUCUAGAAAUUUCAUACAGUAUUAUUAUGAGGACUCUCGCAUAGGAUUAUCGUCAAAUAGGUGGUGUGCUUCAGAAGUCUCGUAAAUCAAAACCUACAGAACUGCUAUACCUCUGAUAUUAGUCAAAUAUUCUAGAAAAGGUAAGCUGGGAAAUCAGGAAAAUAUAAAGCAUCUUAUAAGUGGGAGGGGUAUUUUGGGUAUUAUGCUAUUUAGUUUGUUACAACAGUGGCUUAUAAAAGAUAAGAGCGAUGAGAGUAGCAUCAUCUUAUCUUUUUGUGAACUCGAAGAAUCUUUUACCAUUGGAAGAGGCUUGGCUCUUGAACCACUAAAAUCAUUAGGGUUACAAUUUGUUUAUUUGGUAUUGUGAGUGUUUCAAUCAAUACAACAUGCUUUUGAAUUCAUUUUCUUGUUUUUGAUUUUAUUUUAAAAGUGAGGUCAUAGCAAAUUGGUAGAAGAGUAAUGGCCUAAUGGCCAUUAUGGAUACUAUAUAUGGCUCAAAAGGGUGGAAACAGUAGGAGAAAAUGUGGAAACAAUAGGAGGAGUGAAGGAAGUACAUUCCGUCUCACCUGAUUGAGAUUUCAACAAGGGCGGUGAUCAAGUAUACAACUCUCCAUUCAUCAAGUUUAGAUCCAUCAGAUUCCGACCAAGGCAAUUACUCCACCCCACCGCCAUUAUAACAAACCUUGUCUUUUAAAAUGUCAUGUUCUGGUAUAAACAUAAGUUUUUAAGUGUAUAUAUAUUAUUAAGCAUAUUGCAUGUUUCUUGAAAAUUAAGAGGUACAAUACCUAAUACCUAAUACCUCAUGUACAAUAAUAUCAAGCUUAUAAUCACAUCGGC